CUUCUCCCUCACGCUGAUCGACGCGCUGGACACCCUGCUGAUCUUGGGAAAUGUUUCCGAGUUUCAGCGAGUCUUCAGUGUGCUGCAGGAAGGGGUGGAUUUUGAUAUUGAUGUCAAUGCAUCUGUCUUUGAAACUAACAUUCGAGUGGUGGGUGGUCUCCUCUCCGCUCACUUGCUGUCAAAGAAGGCUGGUGUCGAAGUCGAGGUGGGCUGGCCGUGCUCUGGCCCUCUCCUGAGGAUGGCGGAGGAAGCAGCUCGCAAACUCCUGCCGGCUUUUCAGACCCCGACUGGGAUGCCAUAUGGAACAGUGAACUUGCUGCAUGGAGUAAACCCUGGGGAGACCCCAGUUACCUGUACUGCUGGAAUUGGUACAUUUAUAGUGGAAUUUGCCACUUUAAGCCACCUUACUGGUGACCCAGUGUUCGAGGAUGUGGCCAGGAAGGCUUUGAAGGCUCUGUGGAAAAAUCGCUCGGAGAUUGGGUUGGUUGGUAACCACAUUGAUGUGAUAACUGCCAAGUGGGUGGCCCAAGAUGCUGGCAUUGGGGCAGGAGUGGACUCCUACUUUGAAUACCUUGUUAAAGGAGCCAUUCUCCUGCAGGACAAGGAGCUAAUGUCUAUGUUUCUAGAAUAUAACAAAGCUAUCAAAAAUUACACAAAGUUUGAUGACUGGUACCUCUGGGUUCAGAUGUACAAAGGAACAGUGUCCAUGCCUGUUUUUCAAUCCCUGGAGGCCUACUGGCCAGGCCUACAGAGCCUGAUUGGGGAUGUAGAUAAUGCCAUGCGAACCUUCCUCAACUAUUACACUGUCUGGAAGCAGUUUGGUGGGCUGCCGGAGUUCUACAACAUUCCCCAGGGCUAUACGGUGGACAAAAGAGAAGGAUAUCCCCUCAGGCCUGAGCUGAUUGAGAGUGCGAUGUAUCUGUACCGUGCUACAAGAGAUCCCACGCUCUUAGAACUGGGAAGAGAUGUAGUGGAGUCAAUAGAGAAAAUCAGCAAGGUGGACUGUGGAUUUGCAACU